AUGCAUACUCGUGAAGAGUUCGACAUUCUUGUUGAGACUGCACAGAAUCUUGAAGCAUCCUUCGCGUGCACACCUCCGCUCUCGACCAAGAUUCGUGAUGUAAAUGACCUUCUUCUCGUACAGAGAGUAUCUCUGGCUGACGACGUUGCUGCUGAAUUUGUGGCUCUCGAAGAGAUGAAGACUCAAGAGCAUAAACGCCUGACUCACGUUGCCAUAGCAAACUUGGUGACCAAGCACCUGAUAGGGCAAGGCGUAAAAAGUCAAGCCUUUACAGCAGUCAUUUGUGUCAGGCAAUCCAGUUUCUUGAAGUGGGGUGGACGGCAGGAAGACGACUUGCUUUUAUGCUGUCGCGAAAUUGACCCUUCGUGUUGUGCCAGCAAAACGGGCCUGCAUUGCGUGCGAUUCUGGGCAACGGGACACUCGCACUCAGUUAUUUCUCGGUCUCUGCUCACACAUUUCGAGCAAAGGAUCUUGAUGCGACAAUCUCCGGUGUACGACAGAUCUCGAUGCACAUCAGUAGAGGCUAACUUGACCUCAGACCCAGAUAACAGAUUGAAGGAAGAGAGUAUCUACGAGAGUUCGGCCGUUGGUAUUACAAACGUUCAAGCUAACAUCAGGAAAACCGCAAUGAUUCAAACUUGGUCCAAGACGACUUUGAAACAGAAGGCUGAGUUUGCUUUCCACAGUGCUGGUACUAGAUCAGCGGGAUCGAUAUCCGGUCAUUAUCCUACUCUUCGUUCGAUCAACAACAUCACCGGUGCAAAAGCGGAACCAUGGCUCACCAAUGCGAAAGUGGACACUUAG